AUGCGUGGUUUUACAUCUGGGUACACAUGCUGGACAAAUCAUGGCGAGUGUUCUAUUGGUGAUAACAAUGGAAACACUGAGGGUCCUUUAGAUACUAAUGGCAGUCCUAUGGAUACUAAUGAGGCGAAUGACCAUUAUGUGCAUAUCCAAGAUAAAAAAAGCCAUUUUGCGGACGCGACGAUUGUUGAUGUGCCCAUCGAUCAUCUGGAAUACAUGAUACAUGAUGUUACUGUAACUCCAAAUAUUAGAAGGCUCAUGUCAAAGAAAGACCUAAAACUGUCAGUACAACAAGAUGGUAAAAGCAUCCGACAAAAUAGUGGAGUUUGCAACGACGCGAUAACUGAGGUGUUUGAUCGCAACAAAAAAUCGUCAUAUCUAAGGAAGGACACGGUUCCAGCACGUAUUAGGCUAUCUGUGUCCCUCCCCGCGUUCGGCUAUCCACGUCUAGGCUCCAGGAUCCCGGCGUCCUCCCCUCGUCGUCCCGCGCCGUCAUCCUCCCCUCGUCGUCCCACGCCGUCGUCCUCCCCUCGUCCCGCGCCGUCCCUCCCCGAGUCCCGCGCCGUCGUCCUCCCUCGUCUCGCCCCUGCGUCCCUCCCCGAGUCCCGCAUCGUCGUCCUCCCUCAUCUCGCACCUGCGUCCCUCGCCGAGUCCCGCGCCCGCGCGUGUACCACCGCCCCUGCGUCCCUCCCCGAGUCCCACGCCCGCGCGCGUACCGCCGGUGCGAGAUCUAGGCGGCCCGCGUCCUCCCCUCGUCCCGCGCCCGCGAACCGCCGUUGCGAGCUCCAGGCGCCCCUGCGUCCCUGCCAUCUCCUGCGUCCGACGCCCAUCGCCGAGGCUGAGAGGCAAGAUUCGUCGUCUUCAGUGCCCCCAGCGCGGCGCCCAGAACUCCCAGGCAAGAUCCCUGAACAAAUGAGCUCUGAGUCAUCUUCUGAUACAUCUGGGUCAUCAACUUCAAAAACCUCUGGGUCCACAAGUAGCUCAUCUUCCACUAGCUUGCAUUCAGAGGACAUUGUCGAAAAAGGUUCUUGUACUUCUGCCAGGCAUAGAACGAAACGAGGUCACGCCAAAUGCAAGAAGCUAGAAAAAGGAGGUCCUCGUCGUCUUACGUUUGAUAAAAAUGGGAUUGCCCAGUCACCGGUAAAACAUGUCAAUGAAUUCUCAAGCUAUUGUGGUUAUAUAGCACGCAUGCGUGUUGAUAUUAGGAUAAAGGAUUGGCGAAAAGUGUCUACAGUGGUAAAAUCAAACCUAUGGGAGGAUGUGUCAAAGAAAUUUGUCAUGCCAAGGGAUGAAACCCAUACCCUCAGUGUGAAGAAGGUCGCUUUGAAAUCUAUGAGCCAUGCAUGGAAGGAUUUCAAGUGGAAACUAAAUAUAAAUUAUGUCAAGAAGGACAAAACUCCAUUUGAGGACUAUCCAGAACUCAAGAAAGAGUGGUGGCCAGACUUUGUGGAGUGGGUUACCUCUUAUGAGUAUAUUGCUCUAGGAGAAAAGGGAAAGAAAAGCCAAAACAUGAAUAAGUUCCAUCAAAAACUAGGACGGCGAAGCUAUACUGUACAAAAGAGAAAAUGGGCAAAGGAAGAUGCACAAGCAUUAACUGAGGGUAAAUCUAUUCCAUUUCAAGACAUGCCAGAUGGUCGUCAUAAGGAUUGGGCAAGGGCGAGGAAUCCUUCUGGCGAUGUGAACAUAACAGAGUUGCAUCCAAUCAUAAAGAAAAUUGUAGAUCUAAAUGAAAAGUCAGUAGCUGGUACCUUUACACCAUUGGAUAAUAUGGACAUACUUGCAACAGCAAUAGGGAGUAAUCAUCCAGGGAGGACAACAUGAGUGAGUGCUUAUGUGGGUUUAGGGAUGGGUCUUGCUCAAGGUGAUGGCCCUCGUAAAAAGAAACGUAGAACAAUGAAAGAAUAUGUCAAGAGGAUUGUGGAUGAGUACGAGGCCAAGUUUGAGAAACUGACAGCCCUGUGUCAGAGUAUGGAGCGUCGAUUAAACAAUUCUGAGAGUUGCUCAUCUUCAAAAUUUGUUUAUACACCAGACCAUGCAACACAUCAUUCAGUUGACUCAUUACAAGAGGUGAUGAAAUGCAAGUUGGUGGUGCAGAUAGGUCCGCAAUCUGUUGUGGUCGCUAGAGGGUAGGCUUACCCUCCAAAGGAUGUUGUAACCGUCCAUGGGAUUGAGCAGCGAGAUGACCACACAAAAGUGCAGGUUGAUUUUGUGUUUGACAACUUCUUGGAAUUUCCACUCCUUAUACCUAUCGCUAGUGGUGAUAUGUUCACUCUUGGCGAAGCCAAAAAUUCAUUUGUGUUAUGGCCUAUGUCAGUCAUACAACUAGCAGAGGAAACAACAGUUCAUGCAAAGCCUCAACAAGUCCCACACACAUCGCCUCAGGUACUCCAUCACACACCUGAAAAGGAUAAAAUGCCAACACCAACAAUGGGUACCGAGGAUAUAGAUGUCACACAUAGUGCCUCCAAUGUCAGCAAGAAGAGGAAACAUAAGCAUAAAAAACAUAACAAAAGCAAAGAGAAGGAGCAAAAAAAUUCACAACAGAAAAACAUAGAAGAUGAUGGUCUUGAUCCCCUUUGGACUCCCUCCUUUCAUCAACGAUCUCCACCACCAGUUCCAAAUAAUAAACAAUUUGUGCUAGGGCAGCCUUUAGUAUCUAGUGCAUUACUUAAGAGGAUGGGUAAACAGAGCCAAUGUUUCCACAAAUGGUAUUUUGCUAUGACCACACCAAUAUCUCGAAGGCAAAGUGCCACACACUUCAUGGUACGAUACGAAGAACAUGAUUUUCUUGAAAAAUCUGGGGUCUAUGCAGUAGAAUUCAGUGAUGUAUUUCACAUCUACAAUGAUCUUGCCCUUGAUAUAUCCUUACAUUGGAGUUGGAUGCUAUGCAUGAGGAAGAUAGACAAAUACAGAGGCAUAGUUGGUUUUUUAGAUCCAGAGAUGAUCAUUUUAAAGAGAAUCAAUGAAGAGGCUGAUGAAGUCGAAGCAUACAUUGUGAAAGCAUUGCUUGCUCAGCAUUGCUUGCUCAGCAGGACAAGGAGUGCAUAUUUGUUGUUUGCCAGGAAGGUUACCAUUGGGCCUUGUUAGUUAUUUUCCCAAAAUGGAAUACAGUGUACAAUAUUGACUCCAAAGGUUACCAAUCCCCUAGCUGCUAUAGUAUUAAAAAGCUAUUCGAUGAGGCUUUUGGUGCUUAUGUCGACAAAAAAGGUCGCCAUAACAAGAAUUUUGGUCGCACAGUUAUAUGGAAACAUUUUCAGGCACACAUACAACCACCUGGCAGUAUGCUUUGCGGACAAUAUGUGAUGUACCACAUGUUAUCCUUUGCGGAUAAUCUUAGUUUGGACCGUGAUCGAUAUCCUCAGGGUCGUGCUGGUUUUGCAACAUGUCCAUUAUUGCCUGAUGAGAUAGCAAAUGUCCGAGAACGGUUGCUCGACUUCUUCAUGAAUGAGGUGAUAGACAUUGGUGGAUCAUGCAGGGUUGAAGGUGCUUCAUAUAACUAAAUCUAGCAUGGCUUCCUAGGAAAAGAUGGAAUGGCCGCACCAGUGUGCAGACUUGAUUUCAUAUAUAUUUAGUUAGGCACGACGAUAGCGCAAACAAUUGAUUACCAAGUUUGUCAAUUAGUAUUUUAGUUUGGAUAUAGAGUACGCUUAUGCAUGAGCUAUUUGACAAUGCUUAUUUAUGAGAUAUAUAAUGGUAAUUUAGAAUGAUAUCAUCCUACUUUCAUAUAUUUGAUGGACAUCACAUAUGCAUCUAGUUUUUCUCCAAGUUUCAGCAUGUAGUACAUAGGGCUAGAUGUCGAUCCGGAUUGUGGCACCCGACGAGGUGGGGACGUCGUUUGAGAGGGCCGAUGAGGUGAUCUUCGAGGAGGAGGAAGAUGAUGGACAGACAAUGAGGACACGCUGAAAGCUCUCUUGUGGGUUUUGGUGUUUGGAUGACAACCCAAUUAA